AACGGCCCCAAAGAUAUAUCAAUUAUCACCUCAUCACACACACAUACACUGUACAACUGGUUUUCCCAAACAUUUCCAGCCAAAAAUCUUGCGUUGUUUCUUCUUCAAAUUCUACAUUCAAAGCGCCCUUUUAGCUUUCGUCGGAAAGAAUGGCUUCCAUUAACUUUUCCUGCUCUCCGGCGACCCUUUGUCGCCGUCGACAGUUCAACGGGGUCAACUGCGGAAGUAUCUAUUCGUUGAAUGGUGUGGAGUCCUUCAAGCAACCGAGUCCGAAAAUGGGCUUAAACGUCAAAGCGAGUUCGAAAAUCAAAUCGGCACUCUUCUCUGCCGUAGGCGAUCUCAUUAACGAUGUGCCGGUGCAAUCUAAUUCCGUAAUAUUAGGAGCACUCUCCGCUGACGUGGCACCAACUACAAGUGGAUUCCCCGUCGAAAACGACGAAUACGAUUUGGACCUUCCGUCAGCAGGUUUCUCGUCUAUUGAAGAAGCCAUUGAAGACAUUCGAAACGGAAAGAUGGUGGUGGUUGUGGAUGACGAGGAUAGAGAGAACGAAGGAGAUUUAAUAAUGGCUGCUUCGAAAGUUACACCCGAGGCUAUGGCUUUCUUUGUGAAAUACGGAACGGGAAUCGUUUGUGUGAGCAUGAAAUCGGAAGAUUUGGAGAGGUUACAGCUUCCUCUUAUGGUGAGCCAUAAAGAAAACGAGGAGAAGCUUUCUACUGCAUUCACUGUUUCAGUGGACGCAAAACACGGUACAAGUACGGGUGUGUCAGCACGAGACAGGGCAACAACGAUAAAAGCACUUGCAUCGAAAGAUUCAAAUCCCGAAGAUUUCAACCGACCGGGCCACAUAUUUCCUCUAAAGUACAGAGAAGGCGGUGUUCUUAAAAGAGCGGGCCAUACCGAAGCUGCGGUGGAUCUUGCCAUACUGGCAGGAUUGGAACCUUCCGGAGUUUUAUGCGAGAUUGUUGAUGACGACGGUUCGAUGGCUCGAUUACCGAGGCUUCGGCAAUUUGUGAAGCAAGAGAACUUGAAGAUUAUAUCUAUUGCUGAUUUAAUAAGAUAUAUGAGAAAGAGCAAUAGAUUAGUAGACCAAGCGUCGGCGGCUCGUAUACCAACUAUGUGGGGCCCAUUCACCGCAUAUUGUUAUAGGUCAAUUCUUGAUGGAAUCGAGCAUAUUGCAAUGGUUAAGGGUGACAUUGGGGAUGGACUCGAUAUUCUUGUGAGAGUGCACUCGGAAUGUCUGACGGGAGAUAUAUUUGGAUCAGCCAGAUGCGACUGUGGGACCCAGCUGGCGCUCGCAAUGCAGCAGAUCGAGGGUGCAGGGAGGGGUGUUUUGGUGUACUUGCGUGGUCACGAGGGGAGAGGAAUCGGUUUGGGCCAUAAACUGCGUGCGUACAAUCUGCAAGAUGAUGGGCGCGAUACUGUUGAGGCGAACGAGGAGCUGGGUUUGCCCGUUGAUUCGAGGGAGUACGGGAUUGGUGCACUGAUACUGAGAGAUCUUGGUGUAAGAACAAUGAAGUUGCUGACGAACAAUCCUGCAAAGUAUAUCGGGCUCAAGGGUUACGGUUUGGCUGUUGCCGGGCGGGUCCCACUCGUGACGCCCAUUACGAAGGACAAUAAGAAAUAUUUGGAGACUAAGCGUUCGAAGAUGGGCCACGUUUAUGGAUCCGAAGUCAACGAGGAUGAGAAUGGUCGACGGAGUGGUGAGUCGAGUUAACUCAGAAGUGAUUUGAGAGUUUGAAGAUGAUUAAGCUUGUAAGAUGUGGUGCUUAAGUUGUAGGUAUCCUUCAAUUUUUUGAAUUUUGAUGGAUAUAAUAAUAAGAUUGAAAAUUAGAGUUUUUUAUUCAAUUUAACAAAAUCUUCAUUUGAUAUGAAACUAUAAUAGAACAUCGAUAAAUUAAUAACCUCGCUUAAAUAAUAAUUUUAUGGA